GGGCGUCAGCUGUUAGUUCAUUAUGAGUUGAUAAGAUGGCAGUGCGAGCGCUCUGCAUCUACUGAUUGCCACAAAGGGCUUGCAGUGCUAAUAUUCUGAGGAGAGCCACGAAAACGCUAAAAAGAAAUGGCCACACUCGUUCAUUGCCUUCGUCUGUCGACGAAAUUUGCUCUUCGGGGAUUCCACUGUAGUGUUGUGUGCCCUGCAAGAGGAAAUCGCACCCCACGGCUCCCAGUCGAGUUCAUUGAAAAUAGAAAACAUGAACAAAUUGCCGUCGGAGCGCCAGUUACUGCCCCCAUCGAUGAAUGUGAAGCACCUGUAAUUGAACUGAGCAAAGAGGAAGUGAUUCGUGAGAUCGAGAGCAAAAAAGAGCAGCAACUCCUAUCGCAAGAAGCGAAUGAAGGUCUUCCUCCCUUUCAGAGGCUAACAGACGCUGACAAAACUUUGAGUGUUGCGAUGCAGAAAACGAUGAAUAUUAAGAGUUCGAAAACUAACAAGAAAUUCAUUGCUGUCGAGGGAAGGCGUUUAAUCGAGGAUGCCAUUCAUGCUGGGAUAAAAUUCGAAAGUAUUUUCUUUAGCCAAAAAGACACAAUUCGAGGGAUCCAGCUUCCAGAAAGUAGUCUAACCAGGUGCUACAAGGUUCCGUACUCAAAUCUGAAGAUUUGGUCUACCUUGACUACUUGUCCUGGGAUAACCGGGAUUUUCAGUCAGCCAAAAUCUCAAAUGCUGAAGUCUUUGAAACCUGGGGAAGAUAGGAGUGAAGACAUCCUCCCUCUGAAUUUGGUUUGUGAUCAAGUGCGUGACCCUGGAAAUAUGGGAGCUAUUCUCAGGGUAGCAGCUGCUGUUGGAUGCAACCAAGUCAUCACGACGAAAGGUUGCGUGAAUAUUUGGGACCCUAAAGUGGUGCGAGCGAGCAUGGGAUCUGUUUUCCGUGUUCCGGUCAUUCAACAACCUAGCUGGGACGAACUUGGAACCUUGAUCACUUCAGAAAACGCUUCCCUGUACCUUGCCGACCAUAGAGAAUUCUUGGCCAAAGGUCCCCGAGAUUACACAGACGUUUCGUUCAGUGUCGCGAGCGGUCCUAUUGUGUUGGUCGUGGGUGGCGAAACUCACGGACUCAGUGCGCGCGCCACUGACAUUGCCAAGGCAACCAGAAUUCGUAUUCCAUUAGCGUGUGGGGUAGAAAGUCUUAACGUAGGCACAGCCGUUGCCGUGCUCGUGUAUGAAAUUCGUAGGCAAAUAUCGCAUAGUGCUGUGUAGAUGACAAUAACUAAUGUGGAUGAGAUUAAAAAAUACCAAUUUAUUUGAGAAACAGA